CUUGAAAAUUGAACUGUGGAAUUUAAUUCGUUUGGCCGCUAUUAAAAACCAUUAAUAGCUCAACAGACACUAUGUUUCGCUCGGAAGGGCCCACGGAAAUGUGCCUCUUGUAGCCGGCAUUUUGAAUUAUUUCAACUCUUACAUUUUUAAAUUCUCUGAUAAUAAACUAAUAUAAUGAUCAAAACCAAAAAUUCGUACGCCUUUUCAAAAAAAAAAUUAUUUAAAAUAUUCUUGGCUUAUUUGUUUCAAUAAAAUAUUAAACAAAAACAUUUUAUGUAUUACGUUUAUUCAUACGUAUGUAUCUACGUUACGUAGAGACGAUCUCUACCGACAUUUUUUCACUGCCAGCAAUUGAAAGCUCUAACCGAGUUAUGAAACUUUGAGCACUCGUUUUUGGAUCCAUCUGUAGGUCGGCUGUGAUGACACAGAUGCGUGUAGAAUGAACAAAUUUUUAUGAAUUUGAACAUACAUAUAAUACCUAAUUUGUGGCAAUCGCAGAAAAUAUGGCAGAGUCUGGAAUCGAUUUGGGUUUUGAUAUGGAGUUUGAUUUGAACAUUAGUCUACUAAAUGAUAACGAAAGUAUGGAGUUACUACCUAAUAUAACUGUGGCAGGAAGUUCGGAAAAUGUCGAAUUUUAUGAAUUAAAGUCAUCCACUCGCUCUAUUCGAUCAGAAGAAGUACCGAGUUUUAAAAAUGCUACCCCUACUUCCCGAACUCAACUGAAAUUACAAUUGCAACGAGAACAACAUCAACAGCAACAACAAAUUUUAAUGCAGCAACAGAUGUUGGAUUCGCCAGAUCAAAAAAUGCACGUAAUAUUUGAAAAUGGUCAAAGAAGGAACGACUCUGAAUUAAUCGGUACUAGUAGUAAAAGUGGAUCAAGUUUAGAACAUAUAUCAAAUUUAGUUCAAAACGAGCGAUUGAUGGAAUCGUCAAGUCCAGUUGAACUUAAAGUUCCUCUUCAGAGCAUUGGUGUAGAUGUACCACCCCAAGUACUGCAGGUCAGUACGGUGCUUGAGAAUCCGACCAGAUAUCAUGUUAUUCAAAAGCAAAAAAACCAAGUAAGGCAAUAUCUGAGUGAAUCAUUCAGACCAUCUAUUUGGAGCUGCCAUAAUAGUGAAAGCUCAUCUGUGGAAAACGCAAGGUUAUCAAUGGAAAUACCAAACAGUUUUCGAUGUGAUACGCCUGAAAAAAAUAAUAGAAUAGUCAAUUCCAACGAGUCUAUGAAAAUUUCACCCUUUGGCGGAUUUUUUUCCACAAAUGAUAGUAGUACAGUUUCCGAACCACUUUCAUUAGGAAAUAUAACACAAGAAACAGAUGAAUCCCCUGUAGCUAUACCCAAAACACACUUGAGUUUUGCCAAGACAAAUUCCAGUAUAAAUUCUUCCAUAAACAAACGAGUUUCCUCGGGAAUAAACAGUUCUUCCCGGAUAUCGAGUACUGGAAGUUCAUUGCAAUCGACUUCUGCGCCUUUAUCUCCAAGUAUAAGUUCAGUAGCUACUAGUGCUUCAGAACUCCCAUCGUUUGAAAGUGAUCCAGAUGAUCUGUUUGAUGAUAUACUGCAGAGUGAUUCGUUUAACUUUGACAAAGGCUUUAAUUCAGAAUUAUCAAUAAAGCAAGAACCACAAAGUUUAACUGAUGCAGAAAUAAAUGCAAUUGCCAAAGAUCGUCAAAAAAAGGAUAAUCACAAUAUGAUUGAGCGUAGACGCCGCUUUAAUAUUAACGACCGAAUAAAGGAGCUGGGAACAUUACUUCCAAAAGGAAGUGAAGCGUUUUACGAAGUUGUGCGUGAUAUUCGACCAAACAAAGGGACUAUAUUAAAAUCAUCCGUUGACUAUAUUAAAUGUUUGAAACAUGAGGUUUCCCGCUUAAAGCAAAACGAAAUCCGUCAGCGUCAAAUGGAAAUACAGAAUCGAAAGCUUAUGUUACGAAUUAGGGAGCUGGAAACACAAGCUAAAACUCAUGGUAUUAUUUUGGCAGACUAUCAUUUAACUUCGGCAUCUGCACCUACACAGGUUGAUGCUUAUGUGAAGAAUACAAGUUCAUCGCGUACCGUUUCUCAAAGUCGUCGUUCACUCUUAGAUGACCUGAUUGGGGAGAAUAAACUAACAGCUCAAAGGAAAAGCGAUUCUAAUGUUGGAAUUAUUCAGAUUGAUGAACUAAUGGAAGACUGUAAGCAUCCAGUACAAGGUGGAGACCCGAUGUUGUGCUCACAUAGUCAUAUGCUUCCGACUUCGCAAUCCCCAAGCACAACACAGUUGCAUAUUGAAAAUUUCGAAAAAAUGGGUGUUUCGGACCCAAAUACGUACGUCUUUAGGGAAAAACCCGAUAUUGUUGCUGAUAACUACUGCAAUAUUAAUUGUGAAAAAUCUGUUUGUUCACAUCAUCAGCUUAAUCCAAAUGAUGUUAAUUUGAGUCAUAGCCAGCAAACCGAUACACGGGAUAUGUUUAGAUUGUCUGAUUCAAUUAAAAAUUCAGAUUUUAGUACUCUUGGCCAUUGUGGCUCCCAUCAUGAGUCCUUACUGUCGGCUUCUCAUGGUUCAGUAGACGAUGAUCAGCAGAAUUCAGUUAAUAUGGCAGGAAUCAUGAUAACCGAAUCACUUUCUUCUUUAGUAGUAGAUGGACACUGUGAGCCUAUGCUUCUAGCACCAAAUACAUUGGACAUUGAUUUAUAAUCAAAAAUGAAUUGUUUCAUGUAUCUAAUUUAAUUUGAGUAAAACUCAAAUAAAACAAAUCGAUACAAUUACAUUAACUUGUAGCUUGUAUAGAACAAAUUAAAACUCUAGAUUUAAUGUUAAAAGAAUGUUUUUAUCAAUUGAAAAACUUUUUAAUUAGAUUAUUUACUUACUUAUUUUAUAAAAAAACACUUUAAGUAUUCGUUUUAAGUUUCGACAUCUGCAUUCGAAAUGUCGAAUUCAUAAUUCAUUCAGCCAUGCAGUCUUCCUACAUGGGGUCAAAAAUGAUCAAAUGCGUUAUUACGUAAUAGAUGGACCCCUAAGCUACUAUUAAAUUUCGUUCGAUGCGUUUGAUAUAAAUAAGAAUACACCUCAGUUGGGUCUAGUCAAACAUUAAAGCAACAAAAAGAAUAUAUUGUAAAUUUUAAGAUGCGCCCAUUGGUACCUCGACCCAAUCGAACGAUGCGUUUGAAGUUUUUAUUAAUAUGUUUACACCGUUUUCCAAAUGAAAAUAUUGGUCUAGUUUGUCCAUUUUUGUUUGUUUUUCUGUUAUUUAUUUAAUAAAUUAUUAUUUUUUAUGCUACAACCCGGAUAAAAA